UGUCGGUUACUUUAAUAACAAAGCAGAAGAAGACGACAGAGAGCUUCUCGAAAAUGUCAGAGUACGCGACAGUCCAGAAAAGUACCCUGAAAUUAAAGGGUGUAGGAGAUAUUUCUGCUGGGAAGAAGAAGAAGAAGAAGGACAAACAGAGUAAACAUCGCUUGGAGCAGGUCGCGACCAGCCAGAACGACGAGGAGGUGAAAACCAAGAAGGCGUACGUUGACAAAAGGACGCCGGCACAGAUGGCUUUUGACAAGAUGCAGGAAAAAAGACAAAUGGAGCGGAUUUUGAACAAAGCAUCAAAGACUCACAAACACAGAGUCGAGGACUUUAAUCGCCACCUGGACACCCUGACCGAGCAUUACGAUAUUCCCAAAGUCAGCUGGACCAAAUAGAAGAGGAGCCACUGUUCACUUUGCUGUUCUGUUUGUACUAAAUUAACCCGACAUUUUCUGUUAUUUGCUAGUUUUACGUAUUUACAAUUGGCUUUUGUUUUUAUGUUGGAAUUCCUGAUGUUUGCAAUAAAGAAUUAAAGUGUACACACA